AUGGACAUCAAUCGUUUCAAUUUGCUAUUCAGUAACUUAAGCGGCUGGAAACAGGCCGCCAAUGUGAACAGCACCGUUCUUAUUGUCAUGUCACUGACGCUGCUGGCCUGCCUCAUCACGUCAGUAUCGCAAACCGGCGGGCUUGCCAAGGCCUUCAUGUUCUACGAGGGAACAUGUAAUGGCGGCAGCGCAUCAAGAGUCAACGUCGCGCUGCACUUGCUGCUCAACAUUGUCUCUACGGCGAUUUUGGCCUCUUCCAAUUUUUUCAUGCAGGUCCUGAACUCGCCUUCGAGAGAGGAAGUCGACGAGGCGCAUCGAACCGGGUCUUGGCUGGGCAUCGGCGUUCCGAGUGUUCGAAAUGCCUUCAAAGUUGCGCCAUUCAAGACAUGGUGCUGGAUUGCCUUACUGCUAAGCUCAAUUCCUAUUCAUUUGCUGUUUAACAGUACUAUCUUUCAGACGGACACUCGUAUGGCCGAUUACCAUAUGACCAUUGCCUCGGAGGGUUUCGUGAAUGGAGCUGACUUCUAUGCGCCUGCCUCGGAGAAUCGAAAAGAGCCAAUAUUAACAUUUGAUCACAGUGCCAGCUUAACCCCCACCGGCUUCUAUGACUGGAAUUAUUAUUACGACAGCGGCGAAGAUUCAGACGGCUACUUAACAUACUUAUGGCGAAGUGAUACGAAAUACAUACUUGACCAACCUAAAAAUGGAUAUGGUUUAAUGAUAAAUAUGUCGGAUUAUGCCGAUGCCACUUUGGAGAUAAACAGAAACAUCACCGCGGCAGCCGCCAACGCAGCGAGAUGGGAGAAACUGACUGCUACCGAGUGUUACAACAACUAUCAGAAAUGUAAUGGACUGACAGAAUACCGCGAUGUGGUCGUCAUUGUUGAUCAACCCGAUGGUUGGGUCCGGGACGAUGUCUGGCAUUUCGCCAACGACACAAACAACGCCAUCUGGGACCCUUUAGUUCCGGCGAACGAAUCCAACUCUCUGUGGUACUCAGCCCAAUGUGCCAUGGUUGCAUCUCACUGGCACGAUAAUCCUACAAUGUGCUACCCUCUGUGCAAUGAGGCUUUGGGCCAAAGCUUCUCCUCUGAGACCGGACUUGACCCCUCGGAUAUUAAUAAGGCCAACUGGACCUUCAAUUUCUUCUCAUCAGAACAGAGCAUAUGGUGGGUCAACGGGACACAUGACAAUGAAGACUAUGUAUUCUUUUCCGCCCUGGAUGUGAGUAACCUCACAUCUGGACUCCAACCAGGGGCGGCCGAUUUGACAGUAAGCUACUGUCUCGCCGAGCCUGCAGAUCGUGUGUGUCACGUCGGGCUAUCGAACACGUUACUCUUGGCCGUCAUGCUGUGCGUCUUCAUCAAGACGGGAACUGCCGUACUUGUCACCGUUGUUCUCGGUCGUCGCAACCAGGCCCCAUUAGUCACGCUCGGCGAUGCUAUAGCCUCUUUUAUCCGGCAACCAGAUCCGAAUACAGCCGGCAUGUGCAUAUUGAGCCAGGAGGAGACUAGGAGAGCAUACAGGUCACGUCGUGCAUAUGUCCUUGCUGCACCGCGGCAGUGGCAUACCGUGCAGAAGCGGCGCUGGUCUGUCGUCCCGAAGACAGUCUGGUGGACGACUUACACGUUAUUUCUCCUCGGAAUCUCGAUUGUAACCUAUUUCUUUACGAUGACUCAUUCUCCGCGAGGCUUUAUACCACUCAUCAUAGUCAGCGUCUUCUUGCACUGGCUGCUUUCAAAUACGAUCUAUCUAUUCAUAUCCGAGGGUGGCUACUAUGGGACGAGCGAGUUCACAUCAUCGUUCCAAAAAGAUGACACCCUGCCGGACAAUACCGCUGUGGUUUUAGGUUAUAGCAUCUUUUUUGAAGGGGCGCUCUUUGUGAUGAUGAUGGUCUCGCUGUUCCUCAUCACCGUUCCCAUCUUCCUGUCGUUCCAGAAACUACCCCGGAAUAUGGUAAAUGUGGGUAGCAACUCGCUUGCCAUAUCUGCCGCUUGCCAUGCUUCUACCAUUAGCCUUGCGGCUGCUCAACCAUCCAUCAGCCCCGACAUGUCGAGGUCUCGGUUCGAGAUGCCACCGCCACCAUACUCGGCUUACAUGCCGUUGAGAGAUGACCUCGACGACGAGGCAGAUGGGUCAAGGGGGAACACGACCAGAGUCAGCAGCCACGGCAGCGGGGCAAUCAAAAUGCAGACGCUGCCAGGGCGCAAUUCCCAAGUUACCCCGAUAGGAAGAAAUAGCAGUGAUGAACAGAUACCAGGGAGGAAAGAUAGGGAACAGCGGUUGGAGAAAUUGUCACAGGUCAAGCUGAAAUGGGGCGUCAUAAAGAUGCCGCCAGAGUGGUACGAGGAGUUCAGCGUCGAGGAACCUGUGGAACACAUCAGUUUCGGGGCCGAGGAGGACAAGGUUGAGCUCCCUCUUUCGGGACGCUGGUAUGCAUGA